AGCAGGGGCUGUUUCGUUCUUUCCUGUUUCGGACAACAGAGCCGUUAUUCUGCUGUAGCAUUGAGCCGCUGAAACCUUGAGUACGGUAGGAAUAUUUCUCGUUUUCUUUCUUUCUUCUUCAAAUCGAUGAUGGACAAGAGCAUCUUCGGAGACUUGGAUUCUCUUGCUGGAGAAGAUAAGGAAAAAAUGUCUGCCAUGAUCGGUCAGCUUCAAGCCCGAGACAGUCUAAGGAUGUAUAAUGCACUAGUAGAGAGAUGUUUUGUGGACUGCGUGGAUACAUUUUAUCGAAGAUCCCUGACCAAGAAAGAAGAAACAUGUGUUCGUAGGUGUGCUGAAAAGUUCUUGAGGCAUUCAGUUCUUUUAGGGUUGAGCUUUGCAGAACUCAAUCAAGGGGGAACCACAACAGAUUAAUGCGUUUUUGUAUAAUAUCUGUCAUAGAUUUUUUUUUUUUGUUCUUCCAUGUAUUUUUCUCAUUUUAACCCAAAAAUAGUUGAUGGCAAGUGAAAUUCCUUCAGUUAGGAAAUUCAAAGAAAGUGAAAUUACUAUAGUUUUAAUUUCGCUUCCUUUUUCUGUAAUGCUGAGCUCUUCUACAUUUUAGAUGAUCUUUCUACGUUUUGUUCCACUAAA